CGCUCGUGCCGCCGGAAGUGGGAGGUGUCGCGCGCGGGCCGGCGCUCGACCCCUCCCCCCAGGCUCGGCCGCCCCCUCCCCCCGCUCCGCCCGCUCAGAGCAUGAUGGCGGCAUCUGAGGUAGCUGGCGUGGUGGCCACUGCUCCCAAUCCUCCGGAAUCCUCAUCUAGUGUAUGUGCUUCCAAACCAGACGAAGUUCUCCCAGACGGUCUAAGCCCCAAAGACCCUGCACAGAAGCACAAGAACUCGCCUCUGUCGAGUGUAAGUAACCAAACGAUAACCAAGGAGAAUAACAGAAAUGCCCAUUUGGAACACCCAGAGCAGGAUCCUGGUUCAUCAGCAGGUGACACUGCAGCAGCGCACCGGGCGGUUUUAGGAGAAAACUUGAUAGCCACGGCCCUUUGUCUCUCUGGCGGUGGGUCUCAGUCUGAUUUGAAGGACGUGGCCAACACAGCGGGAGAGGAGGGGGACACACGCCUCCGGGAGAGCCUCCACCCCGCCACUCGGUCUCUUAAGGCAGGGUGCGAUACAAAGCAGCUUGCCUCCGGGAAUUGUCCUGAAGAGAAGGCCCCACAAGCCUCCAUCCUAAAGGAAGGGAGCAGGGACACAGGCUUGGAUUUCCCACCUGUGGUGCCUCCAGCAAAUGGGGUUGAAGGAGUCAGAGUGGAUCAGGAUGAUGAUCAGGAUAGCUCUUCCCUGAAGCUUUCUCAGAACAUUGCCGUCCAGACUGACUUUAAGACGGCUGAUUCAGAGGUAAACACAGAUCAAGAUAUUGAAAAGAAUCUGGAUAAAAUGAUGACAGAGAGAACCCUGUUGAAGGAGCGUUACCAGGAGGUCCUGGACAAGCAGAGGCAAGUGGAGAAUCAGCUCCAAGUGCAAUUAAAGCAACUUCAGCAAAGGAGAGAAGAGGAAAUGAAGAACCACCAGGAGAUAUUAAAGGCUAUCCAGGACGUAACAAUAAAGCGAGAAGAAACAAAGAAGAAGAUAGAGAAAGAAAAGAAGGAGUUUUUGCAGAAGGAACAGGAUCUGAAAGCUGAAAUUGAGAAGCUUUGUGAGAAGGGCAGAAGAGAAGUGUGGGAAAUGGAACUGGAUAGACUCAAGAAUCAAGAUGGUGAAAUAAAUCGGAACAUUAUGGAAGAGACAGAACGGGCCUGGAAGGCAGAGAUCUUAUCACUAGAGAGUCGGAAAGAGUUGUUGGUAUUGAAACUAGAAGAAGCAGAAAAAGAGGCAGAACUGCACCUUACUUACCUCAAGUCAACUCCCCCAACACUAGAGACAGUUCGUUCCAAACAGGAGUGGGAGACAAGACUGAAUGGAGUUCGGAUAAUGAAAAAGAAUGUUCGGGACCAAUUUAAUAGUCAUAUCCAGCUAGUGAGAAAUGGAGCCAAGCUGAGCAGCCUUCCUCAGAUCCCUACUCCCACUUUGCCUCCACCCCCAUCAGAGACAGACUUCAUGCUUCAGGUGUUUCAACCCAGUCCCUCUCUGGCUCCUCGGAUGCCCUUCUCCAUUGGGCAGGUCACAAUGCCCAUGGUUAUGCCCAGUGCAGAUCCCCGUUCCUUGUCUUUCCCGAUCCUGAACCCUGCCCUUUCCCAGCCCAACCAGCCUUCCCCACCCCUUCCUGGCUCGCAUGGGAGAAAUAGCCCUGGCUUGGGUUCCCUUGUCGGCCCCCAUGGUCCACACGUGCCCCCUGCCGCCUCCAUCCCACCUCCCCCAGGCUUGGGUGGUGUUAAGGCUUCUACUGAAACUCCCCGGCCCCAACCAGUAGACAAACUGGAGAAGAUUCUGGAGAAGCUGCUGACUCGGUUUCCACAAUGCAAUAAGGCCCAGAUGACCAACAUUCUUCAGCAGAUCAAGACAGCACGUACCACCAUGGCAGGCCUGACCAUGGAGGAGCUGAUCCAGCUGGUAGCUGCACGACUGGCAGAGCACGAGCGGGUGGCAGCAAGUACUCAGCCCCUUGGUCGGAUCCGGGCCCUGUUCCCUGCUCCAUUGGCCCAAAUCAGUACCCCAAUGUUCUUGCCUUCUGCCCAAGUUUCAUAUCCUGGGAGGUCUUCACAUGCUCCAGCCACCUGUAAACUGUGUCUAAUGUGCCAGAAACUUGUCCAGCCCAGUGAGCUGCACCCAAUGGCAUGCACCCAUGUGCUGCACAAGGAGUGUAUCAAAUUCUGGGCCCAGACCAACACAAAUGACACUUGUCCCUUUUGUCCAACUCUUAAAUGACGGACCUGACUGAGGAGGAAGAAGAGGAGAAACUGAUGUGAACAGGAAGCGCGGGUUCAAGAUUUCUAAAACUCUAUAUUUAUACAGUGACAUAUACUCAUGCCAUGUACAUUUUUAUUAUAUAGGAAAUGUGUGUAUAGAAAGUCUGUAUCCAGAUGUUCGUAAAUGAAAGUAUGUAUAUUAUGCAGAAAUGGUCUGUCCCCCUCACCUUGCAGUUCCUCUGGGGUAUGCAGAUUGUAGGUAAGAUGGUAUUUAAUUUGGCCUUGAAGUUAUGAUAUUCCUGCCUAGGGCUGUUUUCAGAUACAAUAUAAAAACCAUCUAGGAAGCUGCUCUUGCUCUAAGGCCACCCUGCUCUGAUUUGGCUCAGCCUCUAGUCCAUUUUCUUAAGGCCCAUGUGUGCCGAUUUGAACCCUGGUGCUCACCUGCUGUCCAGCCAGAUGCCUUGCUUAUUGGAAGCCUCCAGAAGCCUCAGUGCUAUUCCAGCCCCUCUACUCCAAAUGGAGAAAAUGAGACUGAUUGAGGAAAAAAUAUAUAACCCUGAUAGUUUGAUUUUUCGUUGAACAUUUUACUGUGUUAACACUCAUUAUUUGUACAUAGACAUUAGGUUUACAGAAUAGUCUGUUUACAUCAGCAAAAUUCACAGUCCAAGAAUAACAACAUGACCAGGUCCCAUUUCCCCCAUGCCUCCCACAAACUUCUCUCCACCCUACUUCCUGGAUAGUCAUCUCUUUAGAAACUAUCAUAGCCCACAGGUCUUUCCUGGGCCAAGCCAUCCCUUUCCACCACUGACUUGGCUUCUGAUCAAGCUUUCACAGACCAACCUUGUGAAGUCCUCACCGCUUCCCCUUCACUUCUGGUCUUCUAGUCUAGCUAUCCCCUCUCCCCUUGAAGGUUAAGGCAGUUGGUUCACAACCAAGUUGUUUGGUGACCUUGGGUGAGUUCCAGGCAGGCACUGGGGUGAGGAGAUGUCUGUGCAAAAUUCCUUUCAGGAUGAUCUUGGGAUAUGGGUUUGAACUUUUGAAGCAAGAAAGCUAUGGGGGACAUGCUUCCUGUCCUGGGAAAAAUGGAGACCAAAGUGCUAUGAAGAAGGGAGGUUAGAUUUCAAGUUUAUAAGUCAUUUGUUCUGUGGAUAGCUGUCUGGAACUAGGUCAUUUUUUCACCUCUGCUUAUUGAGCACCCAGUUUCUACAUUUAUACCUGGGAAAGCUGUGUUUCUGUUAGAGCUUUGAAUCCUUUCCUAUCGCUUUAUCUUUACUCCUAAUGGAAGUGGCUUCAGCUCCCUUCUUUUUUGGAAUUAAACAAGUAAAAACUAAGCAGUAAUAAAAAAAAUUAGCUCCAGGAAAGGAUAUUAUUAUAUUACCAACAGGUGAAUUUUUCCCAUUCUGGGACCUGGAAAUGCUUACUCGCAGUAGUAGUACAUAUGAGGGUAGCAAAGAUUUUUCCUUUCAGAGCCAAAUAAUUCUCUCUUCUCUGUUUAUGUUACUCUUCCUUGUCUUUCAUCCUUGCCUAUCAGCUCAUGAACAUACUCUUUCUCUUCUCUGGUCUUACUUGUCCUGGUUUAUUGACUGGCAACAGUGUAAGGAAAUGGGUUUCCUGGGAUCUCCUUGGCAUCUUGUAGGGUGAUGGAAAUGGCCUGAGUACUUCCCCACUGGAGAGGUCAGAUGACCCACUUUCUUUGGUUAAUGAAAUAUUAAUGACUCCAGUUUGGUAGCCAUCAUGAACAGGGAAUGUGGCAAAAUGGAAGACCAGUUCCUUUGUUCUUUUCAUUUGGUGGGGGGGGACUCAUUUUUUAUCUUGUAAUCUAAAGAUUUUAUCUCCCCUCAACUUUGCAGCAGCCUUUGGGCCACUUGCCGUAUUUUUCAGUAUCCAAUGAAAAUUUAGAAAUUAGAAUUGGGUCUAAAAAAUAACCUGUUUCUUUUCCACAAAUCUUUGACACCAAAGGGGUAAAGAGAAAAAAGGAGGGGAUGGGAGGCUUAACUGCUUCCUAGUGAAAGCCCCUGGGAACCAGCCGCAGCAGGAAGACAGUGUGGUGGAGGGUGUGCAUGGGGGCCGGGACUCAUCGUCGCUCUUUGCUCUUUCUUAUUCAGGAUCAAUCCGAAAGCAACAGUUAAGUUUUGGCCACCCUUGUUCUCCCUUUUCCCUCUGUCCACUGGCCUGCACUGGUACAAGCUGUGCAGACCCCCGGGGAAGGCCCCUGAUGCAGGGAGUGGAGAUGGGACAGUCAUUUUUCUGGCAUAGAAUUUAAAAAUAGAAAUAUAGAAUACAUAUUUUUACAAGGAAGAAGCUGUUGUCUAGAUUUUCUUUUUACACUUUAGAGUUCAUGGUUUCAGGGUAGAAAGGAAGAAAUUGUUAAAAGAAAAAUAAGUACAAGUUUUCUCUUUCAAAGAAAAAAAUAGGACAAUGAGACUUACUAAGGACGGGAUUGAGUUUUAUGCCCUGGAAAGAGCUGGGGAAAAGCCAGUUUUCCCCAACAUGGGUCAAAAUGAUAAAGUGGAA